AUGAAUCGGCUCGGCCUCCUCGUCCUGCUGAGCGUGGCCGGGCUGGCCCACAGCAUACAGUACCCCUGUGGAGGUUCCUGCGGAUACCGAGUUUCGCAAUCUCCCUACCGCUCCAUGACAUAUUCCUACGGCAACGUGGCUUAUGAUGACGACAUGACACGCGUUGUGGGUGGCGUAGGUGCUGCGGAAGCAUCCUGGCCCUGGGUUGUCAGCAUCCAGCAUCCCGGAUCACCAAAACUGGGGCAUUGGUGUGGAGGGUCUCUCAUCACUGCAGACUGGGUCCUCACAGCAGCCCACUGCUUCGACAAGAUUGAGAAUGUCAGCUUGCUGUAUGUGGUGAUUGGAGCCACCCAGUUCACUAAGCCAGGCCUGGGGGCCGUGGCACGUGAUGUCAAGCAGGUGGUGAUACAUCGGUACUACAAGCGUGUGGACUAUAGAUACGAUGUCGCCCUGGUGCAGUUAGAACGUCCUGUCGAGUGCAGCUCCUACAUCCAGCUGGCCUGUGUGGCGGACCCCACCCUAAGAGUCUCAAAUCUGAAGAACUGCUGGAUCGCUGGCUGGGGUGCCACCACUGCAAGAUCUCAAGAUUAUAGUGAUCGCCUGCAGGAGGCCAAGGUCCAGCUCAUCGAUGUCAAGCUCUGCAAUAGCACUGGCUGGUAUCCAGGGGAAAUCCACCCGUACAACUUGUGUGCUGGUUACCCACAGGGCACCAUUGACGCCUGCCAGGGUGACAGCGGUGGUCCUCUCAUGUGCCAGGAUAAGAAAGCUGACUACUGGUGGGUUGUCGGAAUAACUAGCUGGGGAGAAGGCUGUGCCAGACCGAAGCAGCCUGGAGUCUACACCUCCACUCAGCACUUCUAUGACUGGAUUGUAUACAACAUGCGUGUACAUGCAAUUGAAAGUGCUUCCUGA